AUGAGCAACCAAGACGCUGCGGGUUCCACCCCCGCGCAGGAUGCCGCAGGCGAGAAUCCCCAAGUUCAAGCCACCAUCAAGGCCCUCUCUCUGAUCCCCCACAUGGAGGGCGGCUACUUCGCCGUCACCGACGUCUCUGAGAUGAAGAUGCCCAGCCCCUAUCCGGCCGAGCCCCUCUCUCAACGCACCGUCGCCCUCGCAGGAGGUCUUCCGGCGGACUACGAUCCUGCCCUCCGCCGUCUCUCGACGACCAUCUUUUACUAUCUCACCCCCAACCGCCCCACGGGGUCCUUUCACCGCAACCGGAGCCGCAUCAUUCACACGUGGCACCGGGGCAGGGGCCGCUACGUCCUCAUCCACCCCGACGGCCGCGUCGAGACCUUUGUCGUCGGCCCAGACGUCGAGAAGGGUGAGAGGCUGCAGUGGAUCGUCGAGGGCGGCGUCUGGAAGGCGAGCCACUUGGUGGACCGAGAUGGUCAAGGUCGCGGACAGGACAGCGACGGGGAGGGGUUGCUCAUCACCGAAACUGUUGUACCGGGCUUCGAAUAUGCGGAUCACGAGUUUCUGUCUCAGGAGAAGUUUGAGCAGAUACUUCCCGAGGAUCGCGUAAAGGAACUCGGCUGGCUGGUGAAGCAUUGA